GAGAGCGAGUUUGGAAGAGAUCUUCCGAAGAGAUAACUUGACGAAAGGCGUUAGAGAGGAGAGAUAGCAACGGGAUUGUUGUUGUUGUUGGAUUUUGAGGACGAUGAAAACAAAAAAUGUCUAGGCUAAACAAAGACAUUGAUUCAGCAUUUCAAGGUGUUGGAACUAAAAGUGGCUUGGAGAUUUGGUGCAUAUAUAAUAAUCAGCUUAUUUCUAUACCUAAGUCUUCUUUUGGAAAAUUUCACUCUGGAAAUGCAUAUCUUGUUCUCAGAACGUUUUUGCGGAAGAUUGAAUCUCCCCAGUAUGAUAUUCAUUAUUGGCUAGGAAAUGAUGCAAAUGAGGUGGACUCAAUUUUGGCAUCAGACAAAGCAUUAGAGUUAGAUGCAGCACUUGGAUGUUGUACGGUGCAAUACCGUGAAGUUCAAGGUCAAGAGACUGAGAAGUUUCUCUCUUACUUCAAACCUUGUAUUAUACCUGUUGAAGGCAAGUUUUCACCAAAAACUGGAUUGGUUGGCGAGACAUACCAAGUUAUUUUGCUAAGGUGCAAGGGAGAUCAUGUUGUUCGUGUUAAAGAGGUGCCUUUUCUUCGGUCAUCACUGAACCAUGAUGAUGUGUUCAUUCUUGAUACUGCAUCAAAAGUUUUUCUCUUUGCUGGUUGCAACUCAAGCACUCAGGAAAAAGCUAAAGCCCUGGAGGUUGUGGAGUAUAUAAAGGAUAACAAGCAUGACGGAAGAUGUGAGGUGGCGACUAUAGAGGAUGGAAAAUUUUCAGGUGAUUCAGACGCUGGUGAAUUCUGGUCUUUCUUUGGUGGUUAUGCUCCCAUUCCCAAGCUUUCAUCUUCUACCAUCCAAGAACAGACUCAGACUACAUGUGCAGAAUUGUUCUGGAUAGAUACUAAGGGAAAUCUACAUCCAACUGGAACAAGUUCUUUGGACAAGGACAUGCUUGAAAAAAACAAAUGCUACAUGCUGGACUGUUACAGUGAAGUAUUUGUUUGGAUGGGAAGAAACACAUCACUUACAGAAAGAAAGACAUCCAUUUCAUCCUCAGAAGAAUUUCUACGAAAGGAGGGACGCGCUACAACCACAAGUUUAGUACUUCUAACGGAAGGACUAGAAAAUGCCAGAUUCAGGUCAUUUUUUUAUAAGUGGCCUCAGACCGUGGAGUCUAGCCUUUACAAUGAAGGUCGAGAAAAAGUGGCAGCGAUGUUCAAACAAAAAGGAUAUGACGUUGAGGAGCUUCCUGAUGAAGAAGAUGAACCUCUCUACACAAACUGCCGAGACACCCUCAAGGUUUGGCGUGUAGAUGGUGAUGAGGUCUCGCUUCUCUCCAUUCCUGACCAGACAAAGCUAUUCAGCGGCGAUUGCUAUAUUGUGCAGUAUAAAUAUACUUAUAAUGAAAGAGCCGAACAUCUAUUAUAUGUAUGGAUAGGUUGUGAAAGCAUACAGCAAGAUAGAGCUGAUGCCAUAACCAAUGCUAGUGCCAUUGUUGGUUCAACCAAGGGUGAAUCUGUACUGUGUCAUAUAAAUCAGGGAAACGAACCUUCUCGUUUUUUUCCAAUGUUCCAGUCGCUGGUUGUUUUUAAGGGGGGUUUUAGUAGACGGUACAAAAUGUUUCUAGCAGAGAAGGAAAACAAAGUGGAAGAAUAUAAUGAGAACAAGGCUUCUCUUUUCCGUGUUGAAGGAACAAGCCCAAGGAACAUGCAAGCAAUCCAAGUUAAUCUAGCAGCAACCUCCUUGAACUCAUCCUACUCGUACAUUUUACAAUAUGGAGCGUCUGCCUUCACAUGGAUUGGAAAACUUUCAUCAGACUCUGAUCAUGAUGUUCUUGACAGAAUGCUAUAUUUCCUUGAUACAUCUUGUCAACCGAUAUACAUCAGGGAAGGAAAUGAACCAGACUCAUUUUGGGAUUUGCUUGGUGAUGUGCUCAAGGUGAAAGAAAUAUACAAUUUCGUGCAAGACGAUUUAACUACUGAAGAUGUAUUACUGUUGGACUGCCAAAGUGAAGUAUAUGUUUGGAUUGGAUUAAACUCAAACAUAAAGUCCAAGCAAGAAGCUCUUACUCUUGGUCUGAAAUUCCUAGAGAUGGAUAUUUUGGAAGAAGGUCUAACCGUGAGGACUCCUGUAUAUGUUGUCACCGAAGGCCACGAGCCACCAUUCUUCACGCGCUUCUUUGAGUGGGUUCCUGAAAAGGCAAACAGGCAUGGUAAUUCAUUUGAAAGGAAGCUUGCUAGUCUGAAAGGAAAGAAGACAAGCACUAAGAGAUCUAGUGGAAGCCAGUGGAGACCACAGUCGAAAGAUAAUGCAUCACGUGAUUUACAAAGUCGAUCUGUGAGCUCAAACGGAUCGGAGCGUGGAGUAUCACCUUGCUCCAGCGAAAAGCUUUCGAGAUUGAGCUCUGCAGAAGACAUGACAAGCAGCAGCAACUCAACUCCAGUUGUCAAAAAGCUUUUCUCAGAAUCUCUUUUAGUGGAUCCUAAAGAUGGAUUGGCGAGACAAGAGUCGAGCUCCAAGUCGGACAUUUCUAAACAGAAUCCACACGGUGGAAUCAACAGCGAUCUUAGUAGUCUAGAGUCACUUACAUAUUCAUAUAAACAGCUCAGAGUUGAUUCUCAGGAGCCAGUGUCAAAUAUAGAUGCAACAAGAAGAGAGGCGUACUUAACAGAGAAAGAGUUUGAAGAGAGAUUUGGAAUGGCGAAAUCUGAGUUCUAUGCACUUCCAAAAUGGAAACAGAAUAAACUCAAAAUAUCUCUUCAUCUUUUCUAAAAAUCUCAACUACCCCAGAGUAAUAUCUUUGGAACAAUUCAAAGCUAUUUUUUUUGGGUUUUACCAAAUGUAAAAACUGUAAUGUUCUUGUUCAUUGCAAUGACCUCAUGAUAUAAGUUUGAGGCUAGUAUCUUGUUACUAAAUCACAACACUAUAC